GGGGAUAUGAAAUGAAUAGGGGAAGCUUAUAACGUGUCGUAGUUGAAAGCCCAUGUUGAAAAAUGAAUGAAGAAUUGAAAGACGAAGGUACACGGAAUUUCGUGAAAACCAUUCUAGCUCUACGAUGCGUUAAAUCCGGCAUUCUGCCAUUCUUAAAACAGAAAUGUGCCGAACUACAUACACAAUAUUUAAAUGAUUUAGAAACCAUUUGUGGUCGAUCUGGUUAUACGUGCACAAGAUGCCAUAUUAAAACACUUGAGCCGUACCACUCAUCGAAAAUACCUUGUAAAUAUGCAAAAGCCAAAUUGAAAUGCGAUUGCAGACGACAGGGAAAAAUCAGCUGCAGUGAAGGAACUUGCGGGAUAAUCUAUGAUCUUAUAAAAGAUGACCAUGUCCAGAAUGACCCAAACUGGUCGAAUACUAAUUCGGAAAUGUGGUCAGAUAAACAGCGUGGACCAUGGGAAAUUAUGAAAUCCUUCAUUUCAACACGCGGAUACGAAUCCAAGACGAAUAUUUCUGAUGCUGAUAUUACAGCAUUGAUCCAAAUAUGUAUCAAUAAUUCUCGUUUGAGAUGCGAAUUGGGAGACAACUUAAAAUAUCUAGAGAAGAUUAAAGAUAUCCGAAACUUGGUGUUUCAUUCGGGAACACUGAAGAUUUCUUCUGCGGAUGUUCACAUGUACCUCAGCAAGAUGGAAGAUGCAUUGAACCUGCACAUAUUUUGUUUUCCAGAAGUUAAAGAUGAAUUGAAAAACUUAGAAAACAUAAAACAGGACAUCAGCAGACUUACAAUUGAAGACGAAGUUACUGCAAGGACAGAAACGCUUGUGGCUAUUAGAGAAUUACAGAUUUUAACUGAACAACAAGACAACAUACAAGAUUUAAAAUGUGACAUUGCUCAACUACAACGUGUUCAAUUAGAACACACGCGGGCACUUGAUGACCGACUAAACGCCAUAGAGAAACAUAUGUUAAAAUUACAAGAAGAACACAUGAAAAACAAAACAUUUCUUAAUCACCAGAGAAGUGUCAUCUAUGACCUUGAUACCAUGAAUAGAAAAAUGGACCAGAUUUCACAUGCAAGUGUAAUGUUACGUUAUGUAUCAAUAAAUUGUGAAUUGUAA